GAGAAGUUGAGCACUGGACGGUCUGUACCAGCCCGAGUGCAGGGAAUACCCGAUCUCCACGCCUCCACCAGUUGCGAUUUGCAAGCAUCAAGCCUCUCCAUAAUAGGUAACCAUGCGACUCCUACAACGCAGCGACACUGGCACAUUCAGUCUCAAGAAGUUCUCUGAGGACGAUCCAAUACCUCCCUAUGCUAUACUAUCACAUACGGUACAUGGGAUGCCGAUAACAAGGAGGAGGUUGCUUUCCAGGGCAUCGAAAAUGACACCGGCAAGAAGAAGCUUGGAUAUGAAAAGAUCCGGUUCUCCGGAGACCAGGCGGGACAUAAUUUCUUCAUCGCAGCCUCUCCGUUUAGACCUCUCUGGUGAGUCAGUGACUGCCAAUAGCCCAAUACUCUAACAUACUUAUCUCCGGCUGCCUGUGCAUACAACGAAAUUAGCCAAGGCACAGGGGCGACACGUGGUGUGAUCCGAGCAUCCUGGCUCUUAAUCCUCUUCAUUAUAAAAGAUAAGAAACAUCCUCGUGGACGAAACCGCCAACCCCACGAGCGUCGGGUCCGUGGCCGCCAGAGCGGCGCGCUCAGUCAAUUCAUGCAACGUUUUCGGUAGCGCAAAAAGGAUGGAAUGGGAUAAUC